GACAAAACAACUAUUUUGCCAGCUGCCCAUAUCAUUGCGGCAGAUAUAUUUUUGACAAUAAUGUCGGACCAAAACGAACCAUUCUACCUUCGUUACUACUCAGGACACUCUGGGCGGUUUGGGCAUGAGUUCCUAGAAUUUGAUUUUCGCACGCUCGGUGAUGGUCGCAGCGCCGCCGUACGGUACGCGAACAAUUCCAAUUAUCGCAAUGAUUCCCUCAUCCGCAAAGAGAUGUGCGUGAGUUCUUUGAUGAUCCAGGAGAUUAAGCGUAUCAUCAAAGAAAGCGAAAUUGUCAAGGAGGACGAUUCGAAAUGGCCCCAGAAGAACAAGGAUGGACGGCAAGAGUUGGAGAUCCGGAUAGGAAAUGAACACAUUUCUUUCGAGACUGCGAAAAUCGGUUCGCUCGUUGAUGUGACCGAAUCUGCAGACCCGGAAGGACUACGUGUGUUCUAUUACCUCGUGCAGGAUCUCAAGGCACUCGUGUUCUCUCUUAUUUCUCUUCAUUUUAAGAUCAAGCCUAUCUAAAAACGGUCCUCUCUGGCACGAAUUGCGAAGGUGAUAAAUCAGUGCAGGCAUUAGGCGUUCUCACGAGGAUAAUGGCUUUCUUUUUUACUUCAUUGUUCAAUAAUAUAAUUGUCGGUAUGGGCAAAAUGGAUGACUGCAAGGUUCGAGUCGCAUGCCAGGACCUGCGAUGAUGAUGCAAUGGGUUCUGCUAUCCUCCGUAGGGAGAAAAAGAGUGUAGAAUUUUGAAGAUUGUGCCCUUUUUCCAGUUGGAUAAUGUAUGUCAUAUUCUGUGCUGGUGGUUGCACAGCAAAACGUCAAUCUUAAGUUUUUU